AUGUUUCUAGCUACACGGAUUGCUCAACCUUGCAUGGUGAGCCGCACGGCGGCCAUGGCAGCUCGGUCGCUGUCCACCAAGUCCGCUGCUCGUUCGGCACCGCUUGCCACACGUUCGCCCGUCAUGCAACAGGUUCGUCUUAUGCGCCACACGCGCUUCCAACGACCUCAGCCACGCUCCCCUGCGUACGCCGAGACCGGCUCUGAAUACCAGAGCUCGUACGGACCCAGCUCAUUUGCAUCGCAGGGCGGCUGGACGCGCGCUCUCACGAGUGUGGGUAUCGUAGCAGGUACGGCUAUUGGCCUGAACCUGUUCUUCAAUCGCGAGACGCGCGGUGCACUGAGCGUAUACGAAUCCCAAUACCUCAACUCGACGUUCACGUACCUCGGCACAGGCCUGACCAUAACGGGCCUUGCCGCGUACGGUCUUCACCGCUUUGGCUACUCCGCUCGCAUCAUGAUGGCGAACCCAUGGCUUGUGCUGGGUGUCGGUCUCGUUGCAUCGAUCGGUGGCAUGAUGGGUGCACAGGCCUUGCCCCCGAACCACCCUGCCAAGGUCCCGUGCUGGCUCUUGUUUAACCUAAGCCAGGCUGCAGUCCUCUCGCCCCUCAUGUUCCUGAACCCGGCCGUCCUCACGCGUGCGGGUCUCUACACGGCUGGCCUGAUGGGCAGCCUGUGCUACGUGGGCGCGACAGCCAAGGAGAAUCAGUACCUAUUUCUUGGCGGCCCUCUGCUCGCCGGUGUGACGAUCGUGGCCCUGUCGUCGCUUGCGCCACUGGUCCUGCCCAUGCGCUUUGCUCGCACCCUAGCUGCCACGGAAGCCAUUUGCUUGUACGGUGGUCUAGCUGUGUUUGGUGGCUUUGUGCUAUGGGACACGCAAAAGAUUCUGCACCGUGCUCGUUUGGCGACGGCCGGUUUGAUCCCGGCUGAUCCGCUGCGCGAAAGCAUCGGUCUCGAGCUGGACUUUAUUAACAUCUUUACGCGCAUCGUGCAGAUCCUUGCUCUGCGUGACCAGCGCCGUCGUUAA